AUGGGUUCUCAACAGACCACAACAGACUCUACCGGAAGCCCGUCCGUUGCGAGCAACAUGCAUGUGGUGAAGGAAGACCGUAUCCGACGCUUGUAUGGAAAGGCCCCGGCCAGAUCAGAUCUUCUACACAAACAGAUGCAGCGCAAGUAUUUCGACUCUGGCGACUACGCACUGCAAGACGCCCACAAACCAUGCAGCAUGGGAUCGGUCCAGACAGGCGCGGAGCACCCGCUCUGUAAAAACAUACCUCACCCCUCUGCGCCUGUACCAACAUCGAGCGAAUAUUAUCCGACUAAGGAGACGGACACCAGCGGGUCGAGUAUACAUCGACCAACCCCCCUGCGCGAGAUGUUGGAAGAAGAUCCGUCCAAGAUAGAUUGA